AUGGUAAAUUCAGAGUUAGGAUCCAUUAUAAUGGUUUUGUCACAAAACCACCGGGCAGUCAGUACAAAAGUGGUUAUGUUCAUGCCAUGGACAAUUGUUGAUGCUGACGAAUGGUCUAGAAUUGAAGUGGAUGAUGAAACAGUUAGUAAGCUUGGGUUAGUUGCUGCUGAGUCAGCUUACCUAAGAAGAACCACGACAACCAGCAGAAAUCAAACUGUCGAUAGCAAGUCCUACUCAAAAAAAGAACAAGAUGUUCCCGUGGUUUAUAAUGAACAAGUUGCUGAUCCUGCACAAACAGUUGAUAGUUCACAAGCUGGUGCAGGAAGCGCAAGAUGUUGCAGUGGAGUAAAGAGCAAGUUGAUGAUCGUGCCCAAACUGAUGAUGGUUCACCGGCCAAAGUUAGAGGAAAGAAGAAAGUUGGUGAAGACGAGGAAGAAAACGAGGAGUUGGACGAAGAAGCGUUUUGAAAUCGCGAAAUAUCCAGAAAAUCUCCUCAUCCACUCAUUCGGCUCCACGUCUCUCAUUUCCUUCAACAUUCAGGAAUUGAUUUUGCAGCCGCAAAUGUCUUUCACGGAGACAGUUAAAUGCGAAAUUAUCUUGAAAACCAUAUAUCUGGCGUACUCCAUUGAAACCAGCGGCUAUAUAUCGAGCAUGUCGAAGUCAUCUCUGGCCGCUUCUGCCAAGGCUAUUACCGGCUGUGUGAUUCUUCUUCAGCUCUGGGCCUGGGAGCGGAUUUUGACGGUUCAGCCCAAGAUACUGGGUGGGGAGCUCGAUCUAUCUCAUUGUCCAUUGGGCACGAGGUGGUCCCGUGAGAAAAAAGUUCAAGUAUUCUAUUCAAUUAUUUCGGAUUCCCGGGAUAUAUCUCCAGAUCCGGAAGACCUUGCGCCUCAUGGCCACAUUGAUGGAGGACGUUCGUAG